AUGUUCCUCGGCUAUCAACGCAUCUCCGAGAUCAAGGCGUUGAAGGGGUCGACGUUCAGCCUCGAUGAGGGCGGGUUUACCAAGAGUGUCAAGCGUAUCAGAAGGGAACUGAGAAACCGGGGAAGCAAGGAGGUCCCACAGCCUGCUCUACCAAACUCGGCCAACCACAUAUGCGUCAUGGGUCGAGUCGGACCCGCUCCAGCGACUCUCGGCCGUAUCGUCCGGAUGAACGAGCUCUAUAUGUUUCUCGAGUUAGCGGACAUCCAGAAAUUCCUCUUGCUCGCAUACGACGUCGUUCUGCCAGAAGGUCUCCUCCUCCCCAUACAUCACGAUAACAUCCGGCACUUGACGACUCUCGCUCGGCCAAGGACCAACAAGGCGUACAAGGCCAAGCAGGUGGUAUGGGACGCUGGAGGGGAUGUCUCGUGGCACGAUAUGACUGUGCUGCUCCAGGACCAUGAAGACUUUGCCGAUCUCGUCAUGCACUUCUGGUGGGGUUUUCCUCAGCCCGGCAAAAAUGAGCUGUCUCUACCCACCGCGACGCUCCCCGAUCCCCCUCAGCGCAUCAAGACUGGGCACCGAAAGCGGCCUAAGCGAGGCAAGGCGGCUGUUGCGGCGAGAGAGAAGGCGAGGGCGGAGGCAGAACGAGAGCAGGCGGCGGCGGCGGCGGCGAGGGCUGGCGGCUCAGGGGCCACAGCGAUCGGGGAGGGAGAUGAAGAAGGGAUGCUGGGAGGAGAGCCGGAUGCGGAGGGAGAGCCAGGGCAGGAGGAUGGGGAUAUGGCUUUCCUCUGCUGGCUGGCUAAUCCAGUGACAAUAUCAUCAAGCAGGCGCGCCUCAACAUGGGCCACUCCCGCUUCUCCCACUCGUCCCGGACCACCCGUAACUUUUCGUCCAGUCCAGCCAUCGGCGGUAACGGCUGUACCGGUCAUACCGGUGGUUCCAGUCGCACCCGCUCCGCCGGUAUUGACUGUCGAGGAUACGAAAGAGGAGAAGGGGAGGAAAGAUGAGAUCCAGAAAGAGCAAAGAAGGGUGGACAGGGCAAUCGAAGCAGAGCGGAGAAGGCGGGAGAGGAGGAUCCCCGAGAUGGACGAUGAUGAUCUCGAGGCGCUCAUGAGGUCUGCCCAAAAGCUCGUCCGAUCAGUACAUAUCGCCCCUCCCGCGUACCCCGACAAGCCAGAGGACGAGCUCGAUCUCAACCCAGCCGAACUGGAAGAGUUCUCACUGGACAAGCUGAGAAGCCACCUCGAGCGCUUCUACUCCAGUGUAGUGUUCUCGUGUAUGACGGUCAUUAAGGAAGUGAUCAGGAUCAGGGGCUGGGAGGACGGGGGAGAGCGGACCGGUGUUGCUCUCGCGGUGUACAUCAUCGCUUGGUACUUUGGCCUCAUCAUCACCACCUUCUUCCUCUUCCUCACCAUACUCGUGCUCGUCCCUCCAUCCCGUGCCUACUGCUUCGGCCCGCGCCGACACUACGUCUCGGUCCCUCUCGAUCCCUCGGAUCCUAGUACACUCACCACCCUGCCCAUCCUCGAAGGUUCCGAGGAGCCAUGGGGUCCCGCGGCGUCCGAGCGACAAGCUACCGCAUGGGCCGACAAGAUGGAGAGUGUGAUCUUUUCCCUCUUCUCGCCCGGUGGAGCAAAGAGCGACAAGGGCAAGGAAGUGAUCGAGCAUGCAGAGGAGGAGAUCAAUGGGGUGAUGGUCAAGGAUAUGAAGCACAAGGCGAAGAACGAAUACGGGGCGGAUGAUAUGGGAAAGAGAGAGAUGGCCAAGGUGGUAUAUGGGAAGCCGGGCAUGCAGAUCUUGGGCGGGCUGGUGGACAAGUGGGAGCGGAUUGCAAACGCCAUCAAACCGACUCCACCGUUCGUCAAGCCAUCUCGAGACCGUGUCUUCUAUACCCUCCUACUGCCUCUCAUCAUUGCUUCGCUCGUCAUCACGCCCACGAUGGUCUCUCGCGCUUGCGGAGCUGGCUUUGGCUUUGUCCUAUUCGGCAAGCCCGUCAUUGACUGGACGAUCGACGAGCUGGAUCGACGGGUGCCCACAUGGAGGCGCAAGCUCAUCUUGGAAUUCAACAUCCUCGCCGACGUACCCACCAAUCCUCAGCUCAUACUCCGUCUCAUGCGGGAUGCAGAGCAUCAACGUCGCCCCCUACCUCACCCCGAGACAGAGCAGGAGAUCGAGGAGGAAGAUGCAGAUGCCGAGGAGAACGAGGAUAGCUCGGACGAUGGGCUUGGGGAUGAGACAAGCGACAGAGAGGACGAUGGAGCAUAUGAGGAUGAAGGGAAGAAGGCUAAGAAGAAAGUGGGGACGGUGGGCAAGAAGAUGAAGGAUGGGACGAGAGCAAAGGUUCGGAAGACGUGGGAUAAGCUGGGGAUGUUCAAGGAGGAGUCUUUUGCCUUGGUCACGGGACACAAGAAGGUCAAUUUUGAGGAGAAGGCCAAGAACGUGAUGGACAAGCUCAACAUCUCGCACGAUUCGAAGCCUGCUGCCAAAUUGCUGGACAAGCUACCAGGGGUGUCAGAGGAUGAUUCACCAGAUACACCGACUCGCUUCUAUGUCAACCACGCUAAACACGGCCCCGGACACCUCAUCAUCUACCCUCCUACCCUACCCACCUCUCCAUCCGAAAAGUUCACUCCCGCUCGAAUCUCGCUCACCACUAUCCGCCGCGUCCCUACCUCACAGUCGGUCUCUCUUCACCCUGACCAGCUCGAUCCCACCUCAGAUCACCUCAAUCCGCACAGUAGCGCCCUGACAAACGGCGAAAAAGGCGACCUCGUCAUCUCCAUCAACGACAUUAUCGCGAUGAAAAAGACGGGGCUCGGAUAUAUUGCCAGUAUGGGGGUGUCAUGGGCGCUCGAUACGGAGGAUGCAGGCGGCACGGGACUGGACUUGACGAUCAUCCGAAGGGCAAUCGAGGGUGAGAAGGAGGAUGAGAUGCGUGGGAAAGCCGAAAAGGUGGAGCUGAGGAAGAUUGUGCGGAGGGACGAGCUGUUUGAUCGCUUGUUGGCGCUUGGAGAGCAACGGUGGGAGUUGAUGUAG